AUGUCCUGGCAAACAGAACUACAAUCAUGGAUGUCUCCGACCAGCCUGCAGACGGCUAAUGCCCCCGACGUCGGCGAGAACGCACCCUCUUCUUCUAGACUAACUUUGCCUGCGGAAGAUGGCAAGCCAGUUGUAGUUACAUUCUUGCGGCACUGCGGGUGUCCAUUCGCCGAGAAAACGUUUUUGAAUAUGCGUAGCGCUGCAUCACAACACAAAGAUACCAUACACUUCGUCGCCGUGUCUCACAGUGAUCGUGCGUCCACAGACCACUGGCUAGCAUCACUUCCCCAGUCUUCAGAGGACGGUGAUGUGGCUGUCAUCGUGGACGACGAACGAGAUGUUUACGCUCAAUGGGGGCUCGGUGUGUCUUCGUUUUGGCACGUGUUGAAUCCUUGGAGCCUACUUUCGGUCUACAGGCUGGGCAGGCAAGGGAUAUACAAUAGGCCUACUGAGAGCGGCACACGAUGGCAAACCUCGGGAAGCUUUGCUGUCGAUGGAAACGGAAAGGUGACAUGGAGCAAGCCAAGUGCAAGUGCUGACGAGCUGCCCGACUUCGAAGAUGCGCUGAAAUCGCUGACGAUGUAGCGAGCCCCUGCUUUUGUGUGUGUGUGUGUGGUCUACAGACCC